AAGGGGCAAUAGAUGCAUGAUCAGUUGGAGAGUACGCAUGUCCUCGCAGUGUUCCGCCCUCAUGAACUUCUGGAGAUAGGAACCCCGCUGCAAACAUACGCUGCUUCAUACAUCUACGGCUUCGGUCUCCGGCCAUCGUCUCGCCUCUUGUUUUUUUAGAGUGGUCGUUAAGGAAUUAAUGAUCCGAAAGCACCACGGUACCUCUCCGUAAAUUAAUUCGGCGUUUGCAGUACAUGCUUUACACCUGGACUUCAAUUGCGUGUGGAGAGCUCACACUUUCUUUUGUCAUAUUUACUUUUCUCGAGGAUACUACCUGUACCCCUACUGAUGGAACAGGGUCACUCCAACGCUCUCAAGCAGCCCCCCCAGCACCACGUAACAUUUCCUUGAGGAACGCGUCCAUUGCUGGCUCCCAACAAACAUGGACUGUUUUCCCAUGCUUUAUUUUCUGUCGAGACAUCAUGAUUCCUGGUAAUCGAAUGCUGAUGGUCAUUUUAUUAUGCCAAGUCCUGCUGGGAGAGAGCAACCAUGCUAGUCUGAUACCUGAGGAAGGGAAGAAGAAAGCCCCGGGCCUGCAGAGCCGGACUGCUGGUCAGAGCCAUGAACUGCUGCGGGACUUUGAGGCCACGCUGCUGCACAUGUUUGGGCUGCAGAGGCGACCGCGGCCCAGCCGCUCGGCCACCGUGCCACGCUACCUACUGGACCUCUACCGACUGCAGUCGGGUGAGGCCGAGGAGGCCGGUGCCCAUGAUGCCGCCUUUGAGUACCCAGAGAGGUCGGCUAGCCGCGCCAACACCGUGAGGGGCUUCCACCACGAAGAGCACAUGGAGCGGGUUCAUCCGGGGGAUCUUCAGACGAAAAAUGGCGAGGACUCCCCGCUGCGCUUCCUCUUCAAUCUCAGCAGCAUCCCAGAGGACGAGCUGCUCUCGUCGGCCGAGCUGCGUCUGUUCCGGCAGGAGAUCGAUGAGGCCAUUUCGGGGAGCGGGGGGGACAAGGAGGGGCUCCACCGGAUAAACGUGUAUGAGGUUCUGAAGCCCCCGCGGGCCGGGCAGCUAAUCACGCGGCUCUUGGACACGCGGCUGGUUCGCCAUAACGCCUCGCGCUGGGAGAGCUUUGACGUGAGCCCCGCCGUGCUGCGUUGGACACGGGAGCGCUUGCCCAACCACGGGCUGGCUGUGGAGGUCCAGCACCUCAACCAGACACCGCGCCACCAGGGCCGCCACGUGCGCAUCAGCCGCUCACUGCACCAGGAACCCGGGGAGGACUGGGAGCAGCUACGCCCCCUGUUGGUCACCUUCGGCCACGACGGCAAGGGCCACCCGUUGACGCGCCGGGCCAAGCGCAGCCCAAAGCAGCGGGGGCGUAAGCGCAACCGCAACUGCCGCCGUCACGCGCUGUACGUGGACUUCAGCGACGUGGGCUGGAAUGACUGGAUAGUGGCGCCCCCAGGGUACCAGGCAUACUACUGCCAUGGGGAGUGCCCCUUCCCCCUGGCAGACCACCUGAACUCUACCAACCAUGCCAUCGUGCAGACGUUGGUGAACUCUGUGAACACCAACAUUCCCAAAGCCUGCUGCGUGCCCACGGAGCUCAGUGCCAUCUCCAUGCUCUACCUGGACGAACACGACAAGGUGGUCCUAAAAAACUACCAGGAAAUGGUAGUGGAAGGGUGCGGUUGCCGCUAACACUGACUAUGGGCAACUUUAGGCAGGCAGCACAGACGCUAAGAAAAGACCCCACUUUACUCCCAAAAAUGUUCACUUGGACCUUUUAUUUAUAACUUUUAUGUUGCCAUGUAUGUUUGUCUAAUUUUUUGGUUUCCUUGACAAUAUGAUCAUAUAUUUUGACAAAAUAUAUAUAUAUAUAUAUUUAUAUCUACAUAUAAAAGUGAGUCCAUAUUUUAAACAUAAAUAAAAAGCUGUACAACUUUUCAUAAUGUAUAUUAGAUUGUAUAAGGUUUUUAAAAUGAGAAAAUAGUAUAAAAAAAAAUAAAAAUAAAGUUUAUUUACUGGUAAUAUUUAUUGCGUUUUAUUAUACAUUUAAAAUAAAAAAAUUCAACACAAAUUGCCUUCCAAUAUUACAUUUGAGCAGAUCACAAGAAGCUCAAAUUGUGUACUUAAAAAGAGCACUGUGUGAAAUUAUCACAGCACUGAUUUGUUAUGAAUCAAUCGAAGUAAUCAGAAAUGUGCAUUGAUUUUAAUUCACCUCUUUACAUAGAUCUUUAAACCAAUGAUUUUAUUAGAUAAGUCCCUUGAGUAAGAAUUCGAUUUUUUUUUAAUGUAUAACUAAAAAUCUAUCAGAUAAUAUGGGUUGUGAAAAAUGAAAAGUUGACAGCAAAGGUCCAUGACUGUUUUAUGAGUUUGUAUUAACACGUUUGGGUCUGAUACUUUUGAAAAUGUACUCAAGUAAUUGUUGCAAUUCAUUAUAACAGAGGAAUCUUUCUGAUGCUCUGUCUCUCCCAAAUAAAAUGUUCGGUCUGGCAUUA